AAGGUCCCCUCAGAUCUCACAGUUUCGGCAGCUAAUGUUUUAAAAAUAUAUAUUUUCCUUCAUGUAUACAAAAUACAUAUAGAUACAUUUUAAGUGAAAUUCCAAGAUAUUUGCGUUGUGAAAUAAAUUAAUCCAAUUAAUCGGCACUUUUAAACUUGUAUUUUAAAAUAAUCACCCAGCGGCCAUUUAGGGAAAUACGAGUUUUGUUUCCUGCUUCAGCUCUUCAGUGGGUGAUGGCGGGGCUCCAUCUAUACAUUGCUAGCACGUUAUAGACUAAUUUUCUCGUUUCUCAAUGGGGUGAAAUCGUUUUGUCCGCAAAUCAGCUUCGGAUCUAACACUGUAUGUUAUUCUAUUACCCCCGUUUACGCUAAACGCGAGUGAAGAGGAUUGGAUCGGUGUCCGCGUAUCGCUCCCGUUGUAAUUUAAAAUGGCUCCGGUUCAGAUCGGUUCGGACGGGCAGCUGGUGCCCGCCGGGGGUCCGACUUCAGCCCCGCAGCCCCCGCCAGGAGCCCCGGCAACUCAAGGGGUCCGACUCAGCCUACUGAUCGAAUUUUUACUGCAGCGGACCUAUCAUGAGAUCACUCUGUUAGCUGAGCUACUCCCUCGAAAAACAGAUAUGGAACGGAAAAUUGAAAUCGUUCAGUUUGCAAGUCGGACACGACAGCUCUUCGUACGCCUGCUUGCUCUCGUGAAAUGGGCAAGUAAUGCUGGGAAGGUUGAGAAAUGUGCGAUGAUUUCUUCAUUUCUGGAUCAACAAGCAUACUUGUUUGUUGAUACGGCUGAUCGACUCGCAUCACUGGCCAGGGAUGCUUUGGUACACGCUCGCUUGCCAAGCUUUGCCAUCCCGUUUGCCAUAGAUGUACUGACGACGGGUACUUACCCACGCCUACCCACUUGUAUCCGGGACAAAAUUAUUCCUCCAGACCCUAUAACCAAAGCAGAGAAGCAGACGACACUAAAUCAACUAAAUCAGAUCUUACGGCAUCGACUAGUCACCACUGAUUUGCCUCCACAGCUGGCCAACUUAACUGUGGCUAAUGGACGUGUGAAGUUUCGAGUUGAAGGGGAAUUUGAGGCCACGCUUACAGUGAUGGGAGAUGAUCCUGAUAUUCCCUGGAGAUUGCUGAAACUGGAGAUACUUGUGGAAGACAAAGAAACUGGAGAUGGACGGGCGUUGGUGCACAGCAUGCAGGUCAAUUAUAUCCACGAACUGGUACAGUCCCGCUUGUUUGGUGAUGACAAGCCUCUACAGGACAUGUACAACUGCCUUCACUCAUUUUGCUUGUCGCUGCAGCUGGAAGUGUUGCAUUCACAGACUCUGAUGUUAAUCAGAGAGCGAUGGGGUGAUCUAGUGCAGGUGGAGCGAUACAUCCCUGCCAAGUGCCUCACGUUGUCCGUCUGGAAUCAACAGGUCCUGGGUAGAAAGACCGGCACGGCAUCGGUGCACAAGGUCACCAUCAGAAUCGAUGAAACUGAUGGUUCCAAGCCAUUACAGAUCUCCCAUGAGCCUCCACUGCCUGCAUGCGAUUCCAGAUUAAUGGAAAGAGCCAUGAAGAUUGAUCAUCUCUCGGUGGAAAAGCUUUUGAUUGACAGCGUGCAUGCUCGCUCACAUCAGAAGCUGCAGGAACUCAAAGCCAUCCUGAAAACCAGCAACCCCAGUGAUAACUCAUUCAUAGAGACUGCCUUACCCACACUGGUCAUUCCAAUACUGGAGCCCUGUGGCCGAUCCGAGUGCCUCCACAUAUUUGUUGAUUUGCAUUCGGGCAUGUUUCAGCCGAUGCUUUACGGACUCGAUCAGUCUGUGAUAGACGACAUUGAGAAGAACAUCAACGAUGACAUGAAGCGUAUCAUCACAUGGUUACAGCAGCUAAAGUUCUGGCUGGGAGAGCAGAGGUGUCGACAGUCUGUGAAACAUCUUCCAACUGUGUGCACAGACACUCUCCAUCUGUCUAAUUUAACCGAUCACCCUGUGGGCAACCUGUCAAAACAUCGCCUUUUCAUCAGACUCACGCGCCUACCACAGUAUUAUAUUGUGGUGGAGAUGUUUGAUGUGGCCAGCAGUUCGACAGAGCUACAGUAUAAGUACUACUUCCUGUCUGUGAGUCAGGUAGAGGGAGAGGACGGCCUGCCCUGUGCUCUGCUGCUACAGCAGUUUAAACCCAACCUGGAGGAACUCGUGCAAGACAUUUCUUCUGGUCGAAUAACCCGGCCUGGGGCCAAGAGGAAGAUGUCAGGAGAGCAAAAUGCUGUUGAACCGAAAAAGCCUAAGAGAUCAGGAGAGAUGUGUGCCUUUAAUAAGGAGCUGGCCCACCUGGUGGCCAUGUGUGACACCAACAUGCCCCUUAUUGGACUACGUUGUGAGUUGUCCAAUAUGGAGAUUCCUCACCAGGGUGUUCAGGUGGAGGGAGAUGGCUGUAGCCAUGCCAUUCGUAUUCUAAAAAUUCCACCUUGUAAGGCAGUGGGUGAGGAAACACGAAAGGCUCUAGAACGCACACUGCUCGACUGCACGUUUCGGCUGCAGGGCCGAAAUAAUCGCACUUGGGUGGCUGAAUUGAUUUUUGCCAGUUGUCCUCUUAACAGCACAUCUAGCAAAGAUCAAGCUUCAACGCGGCAUGUCUACCUGACGUAUGAGAAUCCACUAUCAGAGCCGGUUGGUGGUAGGAAGGUGGUGGAGAUGUUCUUAAACGACUGGAACAGCAUUAGUCAACUUUAUCAAUGUGUGAUGGAAUUCUCACGCUCCGUACCUGAAAUGCCAUCAUAUUUAAGCUUGUUCUCAGAGAUACGACUUUAUAAUUAUCGGAAGCUGGUUCUGUGUUACGGCAGCACAAAAGGCAGCUCGGUGACAAUACAAUAUAACUCUGUAACUCAGAGAUACCAUCUAUCCCUGGGGACUGUGGGGCCAAAUUCAGGCUGUAGCAACUGUCACAACAUUAUUCUUCACCAACUUCAAGAGAUGUUCAACAAGACACCCAAUGUAGUACAACUUCUACAGGUGCUUUCAGAUACUCAAGCUCCUCUGAACGCCAUCAACAAGCUGCCCACAGUGCCCAUGUUGGGCCUCACACAAAGGACUAACACAGCUUACCAAUGCUUCUCCAUCCUGCCUCAGUCACCCACCCAUAUCCGUCUGGCCUUCCGCAACAUGUACUGCAUUGACAUAUACUGCCGCAGCAGAGGUGUGGUGGCCAUCCGUGAUGGGGCCUACAGUCUCUUUGACAACACCAAAAUAGUUGAAGGUUUCUAUCCUGCCCCUGGACUGAAGACGUUCUUGAACAUGUUUGUGGACAGUAACCAGGAUGCCCGAAGACGCUCGGUCAAUGAAGAUGACAACCCUCCCUCCCCCAUAAGCAUGGAUGACACCUUCAUGCCCCACACACAGACGCAGCCUCCAGGCAGAGGGGUGUACCCGCCCCUCACCUCUCCCCCCAACCCGUACCACGUGCCUCCCUCACCAUCCAUGAUGGCGACACAAUCUCCAGGGAACAUCCACGCAGCCAACUCCCCUAGCGGAGCUCUGCGGGCCCCUUCUCCCUUCGGGCCAACCCCUUCUCCCUCUUCCCUGGGCAUUUCUAUGGGGCAGACCUCCAACUUUGCCAGCCCGCAUGGAACUCUUGAUCCUAGUUCGCCAUACACCAUGGUGUCCGCCAGCCCGAGAGUUGGGACCUGGCCGUUGUCCCCGCAGGUUUCUGGACCCUCCCCUGGGGCACGGAUACCCGGCAUGUCACCAGGCAACCCUUCUUUGCACUCACCCAUUCCAGAUGCAUCCCACUCUCCACGAGCUGGAACCAGUUCCCAGGCCAUGCCAACCAAUAUGCCCCCUCCCCGUAAACUGCCCCAGCGUUCAUGGGCCGCCUCCAUUCCCACCAUCCUCACCCACAGCAAACUGCACGUGCUGCUUCUGCCUUCACCCAUGCCGUGUCCAGUGCCAGGGCUGGCGGGCAGCUACCUCUGCUCACCUCUAGAGCGCUUCCUAGGCUCUGUCAUCAUGAGACGCCACCUACAGAGAAUCAUCCAGUUGGAACCCAAUCUCACCAUUGUUAACUCCAACGAGCCAGGAGUGAUCAUGUUUAAAACAGAAGUGCUCAAGUGUAGGGUGGCUUUAAACCCCAAAUCCUACCAGACGUUGCAGCUGAAGGUCACGCCGGAAAACACUGGACCUUGGUCACAGGAGGAGCUGCAAGUUUUGGAAAAGUUCUUCGAAACCAGGGUUGCUGGACCUCCUUUUAAAUACAACACACUAAACGCCUUCACAAAGCUGUUAGGGGCUCCAACCAAUAUUCUCAGAGACUGUGUUCGAAUUAUGAAACUGGAGUUGUUCCCAGACCAAGCAGCACAGCUGAAUUGGAAUGUGCAGUUCUGUCUAACCAUCCCACCCAGCGCUCCACCCAUUGCCCCACCAGGAACCAUCGCAGUUGUGCUCAAAACCAAAAUGCUUUUCUUUCUCCAGUUGACCCAGAGGCUUCCUGUACCCCAGGAGUCCAUCAACAUCAUAGUUCCCAUUGUUUACGAUAUGGCAACUGGAUUGACCCAGCAGGCCGAUAUCCCACGCCAGCACAGCUCAUCUGGGGCCGCGGCCCUCAUGGUCAGCUCCAUUCUCAGGAGAUUCAAUGAGCACCAUCCUCCACGAGCAGGGGAGUGCACAAUAUUUGCAGCGGUUCAUGAACUCAUGGCUAAUCUCACACUGAACCCUGGUGGACGACCAUAACGCAGUAUCACUCGGACAUAAAUUAACUCCUUGAUAUGCAGGGAGAAUCAGGUUAUCUGCUACAGCCAAUAAACUCUUUUUCUGGUGUAUAAUAUUGCCAUAAGGGAGCAGAACUUUGAUGGAUCUUUUAUAUUGUAUUGUAUUGAUGCAUGUAAAUGAACAGAUGCAGCAAAAGCAGGACUUUCAUUUUUUUUAAAUAGCUUGGCUUAGGUCUGCUGAGUGAUUUAUUUUUGUCAAAUGCACUUCUUAUUGAAACGAUUGUGAUAGAAAAAAUGUUUAACUACAGCUGUAUUUUUCCAAGUCAUCAAUACUAUGUAGGUAUUGGAUCUUUUCUUUAUCGGCACACUAUUUAAAUGUCUGUUUGUUUUUCAUUUCAUUUCUUUGAUUUCUUCAUCUGUCACUUUGAGUAUUAUAAGUGACAGUCUAAGGUCGUGUUUUAUUGUAAUUCAUUGGAAUCAUGAAAGCGAUCUAAGAUUUUUCUCUGUGUUUAUUACUAUUUAAUAAACAUUAGAAACAAUUUAAUUUUUUUCAGAAUUAUUUUAAAUAUUUUGUGUUAAUAAACUGUGUAACAUUUACAGAUUCAU